GUAAAAUGAUAAUUUUAACGCCUACGGCUAUAUUUAAGUUGAUAUUUUUAUAUUAUAGAGCUACGUGGCAUAUUUAAUCUCAGGUAUACUACGACAUGUAAAAUAUUAGUAUGAUUGUAGACGAGAAAAAUAUUUUUACGUGUUUUUUUUAUUAUUUAUACUUUGAUAACAUUUACUGUCAGCGUUGGUGUUGAAAACAAUAAUACAUUGUGUAUACAUAUACCCCACUGAUAAUUAAAAAAUAUUUUCAACAACUAAAAAAAAAAACUAGUGAUCAGUUAUAAUCAACAACAGCAACAGCAACAACAACAUGGGUCUAUCAGAAUUUAGAAUUGAAUUUGAUAAUUUACUUAAAUUAUAUUUUCCUGGUGAUAUAAUAACUGGAUUUGUUUUUGUUGUUACCAAUAAUAAUAUUAAAAAAAUACGUGAUAUUUCAAUUCAAUUUAAAGGUGUUGCAAAUACACAAUGGAAAGUAAAUAUGGCAGUGGCAAAUAAUCAAGGUGGAUCAUCAAUAAGCUCAAUACAAAUAACAGGCAAUGAAAAUUAUUUUUCUGUCAAGCAUUCACUUCUGGGAUUAACAAGUGGAAGUAGUACUGAAUUAAAUGCUGGUGUUCAUAAAUAUAGAUUUUCAUUUACAUUACCUGAAAAUUUACCAAGUUCAUUUGAGCAUUGUUGUGGACACAUACGUUACACUGCAAAAGCAAUUGUUCAUCGUAAUACAUGGCUAUGUGAUCAUGAAGUUAAAGUACCAUUUACUGUUGUAUCACAUUUUGAUUUGAAUCAUUAUCCUGCUGCAUUGGAACCAUAUGAGCAUAAAAUAAGCAAAAGUUUUUUUAGUCUUCGAUGUGGAACAGCACCUUUAAAAGUUGUUACAAAAAUGCCAGUCAAAGGAUACGUACCAGGUCAAACAAUGCUAAUAACAGUUAUCGUUGAAAAUCAUUCAUGUGUUCUUAUUGAAACAAUUAAAUUAAGUUUACAAAAGAUUAUUAUUUUUCGAACAAAUGAAUUUCAUAAAACAACAAGUCGUACACAUCGUAUAUCAAUUGAAGUUGCAAAUACAUAUUGUGGUCCAGUUGAACCACGUGAUGAUGCUAUUUUUGAAAAAUCAUUAUUGAUACCAUCAUUACCACCAUCAAACUUAACACAUUGUAAAAUUAUUGAUUUAAAAUAUAAACUUAAAGUUGAAGCACGUACACAUGGAUGGCAUACAAAUCUUGAUGGUAGUGAUGAUGUUUUUAUUGGUACAAUUCCAUUAGAAAGUUUUCAAUCAAGUAUUUUACCACCAGUUGAUUUGAUAAGUGAACCACCUGCUUAUAAUUCUCUUGUAACUUUAUCAACUCCUGAUUAUUUAAAUACCCCUCCUCCAUCGUAUGAAGAAGCAAUAUGUUUAUCUGGUGAACAACAAAUUGAGGAUAAUCAAAAUACUGUGGAAAAUGAUAUAAACUUUGUACCUAGAUAUUUGGUUUAUAAUUUUACAUCAUAAUUAAAAUUAAUGACUUUAAAUUUUAUAUUAGUACUUAAGAUUGAUUAAAUUAUUUUUAAUCAAUAUAA